AUGCUGUUACUGGCUGUCGGCAAUCCAAGCCAUGGUGGAAGUGGGGGAUCCGCCCGGGUCCAAGUAGACCUUGCAGACUGGCUGAUGCACGCAGAACGCUCACAGGAAGGAUCCUGCAAGUCAUUCAACGGCUUCAAAGGCUGGGGCUUCAUCGACUACAAUGGUCAAGAUGUCUUCGUCCACAUCAGAGACUGCCAGGGGGGUCAGCCAGCACCCGGCGAUAUGCUGACUUUCGACUUGGAGGAGUCGCAGCCUGGCAAGUUCAAGGCCAAGAACGUUGUCGGUGGAACAGCGGAGCGAGACCAGGAUUCCAUGAUGGGCAAGGCCACGCCUGUCCAGGGCACUGGGGCCCACACAGGCACCGUGAAGUCCUUCAAUGCUACAAAGGGCUUCGGCUUUAUCUGCAUCGAGGGCUCAGAUGAUGUUUUCGUCCACACCAAGAGCUGCGUAGGCACCCUCCCCAAUGCUGGCGACGUCGUCAAGUUUGACAUGGAGCCCAGCCCCAACAGGCCUGGCCAGUUUCAGGCGGUCAAUGUCACAGGCGGAACGGCGCCCAUGUCAGCCAUGAAUCCCAUGGGCAUGAUGGGCAAGGGCGGCUUUGGGCCCAUGAUCGCAGGCAUCAUGGGCGGAUUGAAAGGCGGCAUUAUGGCCGGAGGCAUGGGGCCGUACGGAAAGGGAAAAGGUGGCGGCGGCUACGGCGGCUAUGGUGGAUACGGCUGGUAG